AUGUUUUGUAACUUUGCAAUUUUAUUCAUCUGGUACCUUCUUUGCCGGCCUUCACUUGGAUGGGGAGAUGUCGGUCAUCGUACGGUUGCAUACAUAGCCGAGCACCAUCUCACCAAGGAGGGUAUAGGGCUGCUUAAUGACCUCCUGCCAAAGAAGCAUGGUUUCGACGUCUCUGACGCGGCCGUAUGGCCCGAUCACAUCAAACAUCGGCAUCCUGAGACUGCACCUUGGCAUUAUGUUGAUGUGGAAGAUGAUCCUUUAAAUAAUCACUGCAAAAUAUCACCUCUUCCGAGGGACUGCGAAACUACAGGCUGCAUCAUCUCACUUAUGAAAGAUAUGACUGUUCAAGUAAAUGACCAUAGCGCCAACCAAACAGAAGCUGUUAUGUACUUGUUCCACUUCUUUGGUGACCUCCAUAUGCCCUUGCAUGUGGAAGGUUACGCGAAAGGAGGAACCAAGGUCGAUGUCUCUUUUGAUGGUCACAGUGAUCAUCUCCACAGUAUCUGGGAUACAGACAUGCCACACAAGAUUAACGGCAUCAAACAUAGACAAAAGCAUAACGCAGAAAAGCCGGCAUCCCAGAAGUGGGCCGAGCAUCUCCUUCAACAGAACAAACACAGGCCGACUACCGCCGAGUGCACGGAUGUGACCAACCCCCAUCGAUGCAUCAAGCUGUGGGCGGAUGAGUCCAAUCGGCUGAAUUGUGCUGUUGUUUUUAAAAGGGGGAUCCCGUAUAUCACAAACGAAGAUCUCGCGGGCGAGUACUAUGACGAUGCCGCCCCGAUCAUCGAGGAACAAAUUUAUAAAGCGGGCGUCCGUCUGGCAGCCUGGAUCAAUGCCCUAGCGGAGGAGCGUCGCUCCAGAACCGGUUUUGUUGUGCAGGGAGAUCGGUUAGAUCUGUGA